AUGGCACCCCAAACACUCUCCACGGUAGAAGAGUACAAGAAGCUUGUCGACUCGGUCGAGGUCUUCCUCCUCGACUGCGACGGUGUGAUCUACCAUGGUCCUCAGGUCGUUCCGGGCGUGAAGGAGGUCUUGAAGUAUCUUCGUUCAAUAGGCAAGCGGAUAUUGUUCGUCACCAAUAAUGCGUCAAAAUCCAGACGGAUGUACAAGUCGACCUUUGACAAGCUUGGGAUUGAGGUGUCCGAGAAUGAAAUCUUUGGUUCUGCGUACGCCUCUGCAGUGUACAUGUCCAAGAUCCUUCAGUUCCCCAAGGACAAGCGGGUGUAUGUCAUUGGGCAGGCGGGGCUCGAGGAGGAAUUGGACGCUGUUGGGAUUGCGCACGCUGGAGGAUCGGACCCCGAAGAUAGGGUGUUCAUAGACCAGGGAGACUAUUCAUCGGUCGUUGCCGACCCAUCUAUCGGAGCGGUCCUCUGCGGCUUUGACGCAUACAUCAACUACAAAAAGUACUCGAAAGCGUACACCUACCUCAAAGAUAACGAGGGCUGCCAUUUCCUCUUGACCAACCAGGACGCCACGUUCCCCACGAACGGCACCACAUAUCCAGGAUCCGGCGCCAUGUCCGCCCCUCUUGUAUUCGCCAGCAAGCGUACACCAACCAUCAUCGGCAAGCCCAACAAAAUCAUGAUGGACGCCAUCAUCGCCGAACACCACUUUGACCCCGCCAAGGCACUCAUGGUAGGCGACAACCUCUCGACAGAUAUCGAGUUCGGGCUCGGCUCGGGCGUGCGUACCCUCCUCGUCUUUGGGGGCGUGACAAAGCGAGAGCAGGUCUUUGGCGACAAUGCGAGCGAGACUGUACCUGACUUUGUCAUGGAGAGUCUGGGCGAUCUGGCUGUCCUGGCCAAAGAGAAGUAA